AUGACUCAAAAUCCAGAUCAAUCUAUGCUCCAUGAAUUAUGGAGAAAUGAAUUGGCGGAAGAUGCGGAGGAUAUAGAUGAACGAAGAAUGCUCCAACUAUAUGAGCAACGACAAACGGUACAUCAAAGAGUUCAAAAUUCUUCCGGUAGAACACAGAGGAGAAGGUAUUUGAAUCGGGAUCGUGAAGUUGGACAUGCUCGUCUUUUCAAUGAUUACUUUUCUGAUGAUUUGGUAUAUCCUGAUGACAUAUUUCGACGUCGAUUUCGAAUGCAAAAAGAGUUAUUCCUUCGUAUAGUUGAUGUUGUGAAAAAUCAUUCUGAAUAUUUUCAAUGGAAGGUCGAUGCAGCGGGGAAAAAAGAUUUGUCGUCACUUCAGAAAUGUACAGCGGCUAUUCGUCAAUUGGUGUAUGGAGUCCCUGCUGAUCAUUAUGAUGAGUAUCUACGGAUUGCUGAAACAACUACCAUCCAAUGUUUAUUCAACUUUUGUCGAUGUGUAAUUGAAGUGUCCGGGGCCCAAUAUUUAAGAAGAUCUAAUGCUGCUGAUAUCCAACACUUGCUUGAAAUGCAUGAGCAGAGACAUGGUUUCAUUGACAUGUUGGGCAGCCUUGAUUGGUCACGUAAUGAUAUCAAUGUGCUUAACAAAUCGUCGUUAUUCAACGUCGUCUUACAAAGGAAUACACCCGAGGAUCCCAAGAGAAAAAUAUUUAAGGAACGACAGGAGACCGCGAGAAAGGAUGCCGAGAGAGCAUUUGGGGUGCUCCAAUCAUGA